AUGCAGUAUACAGGCACCAACGACUGCCCAGAUUUGUACCCCCCUCACAACGGCUGGGUGGUACGUUCCGGCAACAAUAUGACCCUCUACUGUAACAACACCGCCGAAAUCUGGCACCUGACGUGUUCUAAAAAUAGAUGGGAUGGGAAAUACCGAAAUUGCACUGACGCCAUUGGCUCCGCCCACAAUGGAGACAGCCUGUCACAAACUGUCCAAUCCUAUCCAGUCGGUAUCUUUGUAGCCGUGACGAUUGGAAUAGCCCUGGGAGUUUUCUGUGGUUUGCUGCUUCUCAGUGCAGUUAUUUGUUGCCAGAAACAAUCCAAUGUCGAAAAGAAACCGAUAAAUUAUUUGGCUUACGACAUUCCAAACAAAGAACUUAGACAACCAGCUGAGCCAACCCCAAACAUGGCCGACCAAAGACUCAAAAACCAAAUCGUCCCAUCAGAGAAAUUCUACUACGACGUCUCAACCAAUCAACACGCGGGACCCAUAUGCUCGUGCGCCAUUGGUCGAAAUUUUAAUUUUGACCCCGCCUACAAGCUUUCCAAUGAUGAUUCAUCCGGUCAGACCCAUUUAAAUCCGUCGCUAAGCAACAGCCCUUGCUUAGCAGCUUACAGCUACUCUGCUGCUGAUCCAGCUGGACCAAUGACAGCUUAUCUGUUGAAGGAGGGCGGAGUGAACAAGAGUGACGUCAUCGUAAGCUGUGAAGGAGGUGAUGAAAAUAGUUGCGUGAUUGACGCAAACAAGCCUUACAUGAGCAACAAGAGGAUGACCUCAACCGGGUUCAACCAAAACAACUGCCGAUGA